CGUUUGGUUUAAUUGAAGUGAAAGCUGCUGCUUAGCUCUUCGUUCAUUUACUGCACAAAUUUAUUGUGUUUUUUGGUACAAAGAAGAAUAAAAAAAUUUAAAUGGAAUAAAACAGAAAUACUAAACUCAUUCUACAUCCCCAUCUAUAUACUUUUUAAGUUAACCUAUAAAAUAAAACAAAACUUCAAAAUUGGUGUAAAUAUAAAACAUGAAUGCAUUAUUCACGUGAUGACCAUUGAAGCUUGAAUAAAAAUGGCUGGAACUAAUGGCAUUGAAGCUCAAAUGUUACUUCGAAUGGUUUUGCUUAUUUUAGCUGUCCUUGGUUACGUGCCUUGGUGUUGGGGUCAUGGGAGACUCAUUGAGCCGCCAAGUCGCUCGUCAGCUUGGCGUUAUGGCUUUAAUACUCCGCCAGAUUACAAUGACCACGAGCUAUAUUGUGGCGGCUUCACACGUCAAUGGAAGCGGAACGACGGAAAAUGCGGGGAAUGUGGUGAUGCCUGGGAUAUGCCAACGCCGAGGCCACAUGAAAACGGUGGGCAAUGGGGACAAGGCGUUGUAGUACGUCGUUAUUUCCCUGCAUCCGAAAUAACAAUUCGAGUGGAAUUGACAGCAAGUCAUAUGGGUUACUUUGAAUUUCGUAUAUGCCCUGAUCCGAAUGGUAAGCAAGAGUGCUUAGAUCGCAAUUUGUUGACAAUUUCAAGCGGAGCUCCAGCUCAACCUUCGCCAGGUGAUAUGGAAACACGGUUUUACCCACGAAACGGAAGUCGAAUUUACGAAAUGAAAGCUUUAUUGCCCGAUAUGAAAUGCAAUCAAUGCGUUCUCCAAUGGCGAUAUGUGGCCGGUAAUAAUUGGGGUAUGUGUCCAGAUGGAAAUGGAGCCGUUGGUUGUGGUCCUCAAGAAGAAUUUCGUUCGUGUUCUGAUAUUGCUUUGAGCGAGCACGUUUCUAUACCCAAACGACCUCUACGCCCAACCAUUCGUACGACAAUACGUCCUAAAGGUCCAUUAACAAAUGAUACGAUAACCCCGGAAGAAAAACCUCAAGCAUCCGAAAAUUUCAAUUACGCAAUGUUAUUGCUCGUUCUGUUGAUUGUGUUCUUAAUUUUAUGUACCUUUGUGAUUUGGUAUUUAUAUCGCAACGAAAGGGCACGAGUUAACGUAUGGAAACAGCGCUUGGUUAAUCGUUUAUGCAAGAAGAAACUUAUUGCCGAUCAUCCAUCAAGACUUAAAAUGUGCCCAUCCAUACCUACGACAAUCACUACGUCCAAUUUAUGCGACUCUUUAAAAUCUCCUAAAAGAUUCGAUAAAGACUGUGCUGAGAUAACGCCUGUUCCUCCUCCUCGUCUUAAGCGACAGGCUCGCAUCAAAGAAAUGUUAUCAGAAGAAUCCAGCGUUGCGUAGUGUCUCUAUAAAUAUAUAUAUACAUAUAUAUAUAUAUGUAUCUAAUUUACGCGUAGUAUGUGUUUAACCCAGUGUACAUAACAAUCAUUUAAUAUAUUUAUGAUUCAUUAUAUAUUUCAUUUUU